AUGGCUCAUGCAGCGUCUCAGAUUAAGAAGAAUAAAGAUGUGGAUGUUAAUGCACUGGAGGAUGAAAAGGAGAGAAAGAAGAAGAGCAGGAAACAACCGCGGGAACAAAAGAAAAAGUCGGACAGCAAUGCCAGUUACCUGCGGGCGGCGAGGGCAGGGAAUCUUGAGAAAGUACUUGACUACCUGAAGACUGGUGUCGACAUCAACAUCUGUAAUCAGAAUGGGUUGAAUGCAUUGCACUUGGCAUCCAAAGAGGGGCAUGUGGAGGUGGUGGUCGAGCUGCUCAAACUGGGCGCCAACGUAGAUGCAGCAACCAAGAAAGGAAACACAGCGCUGCACAUUGCCUCACUGGCUGGACAGGCGGACGUGGUAAAAGAACUAGUGACCAAUGGAGCCAACAUCAAUGCACAGAGCCAGAAUGGCUUUACCCCACUGUACAUGGCAGCUCAGGAAAACCAUCUGGAUGUGGUGCGCUUCCUCUUGGAGAACAACUCCAGCCAGAGCAUUGCCACUGAGGAUGGAUUUACGCCAUUAGCCGUAGCCCUGCAGCAGGGUCAUGAUCAGGUGGUUUCUCUGUUGUUAGAGAAUGACACGAAAGGUAAAGUCCGUCUGCCUGCUCUCCACAUCGCCGCCCGCAAGGACGACACCAAAUCUGCAGCUCUGCUUCUUCAGAAUGACCACAACGCAGAUGUAGAGUCCAAGAGUGGUUUCACUCCUCUCCACAUUGCUGCCCACUAUGGAAACAUCAAUGUCGCCACACUACUAUUAAACAGAGGGGCAGCAGUAGACUUCAUGGCAAGGAAUGACAUCACUCCGCUGCAUGUGGCAGCUAAGAGAGGGAAUGGAAACAUGGUGAAAUUGCUACUGGACCGAGGAGCUAAGAUUGAGGCCAAGACUAAGGACGGUUUGACCCCUUUGCAUUGUGGAGCACGCAGUGGACACGAACAGGUUGUCGAGAUGCUACUGGACAAAGGAGCCCCCAUCCUAUCCAAGACUAAAAACGGUCUGUCUCCACUGCACAUGGCGACCCAAGGGGAUCACCUGAACUGCGUCCAACUGCUUCUCCAGCACAAUGCUCCUGUGGAUGAUGUCACCAAUGAUUACCUGACCGCAUUGCAUGUGGCUGCUCACUGCGGACAUUACAAAGUGGCCAAAGUCAUUGUGGAUAAGAAGGCCAACCCUAACUCGAAAGCCUUGAAUGGUUUCACACCUCUUCAUAUUGCCUGUAAGAAGAACCGAGUGAAGGUGAUGGAACUGCUGUUAAAACAUGGGGCUUCACUGCAGGCAGUCACUGAGUCGGGUUUGACACCCAUCCACGUUGCUGCAUUUAUGGGCCAUGAGAACAUAGUGAAACAGCUCACGCAUCACGGAGCCUCACCCAACACUACCAACGUGAGAGGUGAAACGGCAUUGCACAUGGCAGCGAGGGCCGGCCAGGUAGAUGUUGUCCGAUAUCUGCUACAGAAUGGUGCUAAAGUGGACAUCAAAGCCAAGGAUGACCAAACAGCCCUGCAUAUAGCUAGUCGUCUAGGAAAGUUGGAGAUCGUGCAGCAGUUGCUGCUGAAGGAGGCAUUACCCAGCGUCGCCACCACUUCUGGCUACACCCCUCUUCACCUAGCCGCCCGCGAGGGUCAUCAGGAAAUAGCAGCUCUCCUGUUGGAGCAGGGAGCCUCCCUUUCUGCAACAACCAAGAAAGGGUUCACUCCCCUGCAUGUGGCCACUAAGUAUGGACAGCUGGAAGUGGCCAAUCUUCUACUACAGAAGAAAGCUGCACCAGAUGCUGCAGGCAAGACUGGGUUAACACCGCUGCAUGUGGCUGCUCACUUUGAUUAUAAGAGAGUGGCUCUGUUAUUGCUGGACCAAGGAGCAUCUCCUCAUUCUGCUGCUAAGAAUGGCUACACUCCACUCCACAUUGCGGCUAAGAAGAAUCAGUUGGAGAUUGGGACGACGUUGCUGGAAUAUGGGGCGGAGUGUAACACAGUGACCCGUCAGGGCAUCAGCCCUCUGCAUCUUGCCGCACAGGAGGGCAGUGUAGACCUUGUUUCUCUACUGCUUAGCAAACAUGCUAAUGUUAAUAUGAGCAAUAAGAACAGUCUCACACCGCUGCACCUGGCAGCACAGGAUGAUAGGGUGGGAGUGGCUAAAGUUCUGUUGAACCAUGGAGCAGAGAUUGAUGCCCAAACUAAGAGUGGAUAUACUCCAUUGCACAUAGCUUGUCAUUAUGGCAACAUGAAGAUGGCCAACUUUCUGUUAGAUAAUCAAACCAGAGUCAAUGCCAAAACAAAGAAUGGUUACACUCCCCUUCACCAAGCAGCACAGCAAGGCCACACCCACAUAAUUAAUAUGCUUCUACAAUAUGGAGCAUCAGCCAAUGAGCUUACAAUGAAUGGGAACACAGCUCUCUCCAUUGCUCGGCGACUAGGGUACAUCUCCGUAGUGGACACACUAAGAGGAGUUACAGAUAAGAACCUCACUGCCAUGCCUGUAACUGAGAAACACAAAAUCAAUGUCCCGGAGACCAUGAACGAAUUCCUGGACAUGUCCGACGAUGAAGGUGAGGAUGCUAUGACCGGCGAGACUGAGAAGUAUCUUCGUCCGCAAGAUCUGAGGGAAUUGGGGGAUGACUCCCUGCCGCAGGAGGGCUACAUGGGAUUUAGUAUCGGAGCCCGCUCUGCCAGUCUGCGCUCCUUCAGCUCAGACAGGUCCAACACUUUAAACAGAAGCUCAUUCGCUCGGGACAGCAUGAUGAUUGAAGAGAUGCUGGCACCCACCAAAGACACGCACCUCGCUAUCACUCGUGAAUACAACAGCGAGUGUGUGCGACGAUACAGCUGGACCCCUGACACAGUGGACCACUCGCACAACACUGUGUGCAGUCCUGUGCACUCUGGGUUCCUGGUGAGUUUCAUGGUGGACGCUCGGGGUGGGUCGAUGAGAGGGAGUCGUCAUGAUGGGAUGCGUAUAAUCAUUCCACCCAGGAAGUGCCCAGCACCGACACGGAUCACCUGCCGCUUGGCAAAGCGCCACCGCCUGACAUACCCACCCCCUAUGGUGGAGGGGGAGGGCCUUGUGAGCAGACUAGUGGAGAUGGGGCCAGCCUGGGCACAGUUUUUAGGGCCUGUGAUAGUAGAAAUCCCUCAUUUCGGCUCCAUGCGAGGGAAGGAGAGAGAACUGAUCGUCCUACGCAGUGACAAUGGCGAGACCUGGAAAGAGCAUCAUUAUGACUGUAAACUGGCAGAUCUCACACCUAUCCUUAAUGGCAUGGAUGAGGUGCUGGACAGCCAAGAAGAGCUGGAGAAGAAACGUAUCUGCCGCAUCGUCACAAAAGAUUUCCCACAAUACUUUGCGGUGGUGUCUCGCAUCAAGCAAGAAAGUGAACACAUGGGGCCGGAGGGCGGGGUGUUGAGCAGUGAGGCAGUUCCCACGGUGAAGGCUGCCUUUCCCCAGGGAGCACUUACUAAGAAAAUUCGCGUUGGACUACAGGCACAGCCAGUGCCAGAGGACAUGGUGCGGACCAUCAUUUGUAACAGAGCAUCCUUUAGCCCGAUUGUUACCGUGGAGCCCAGGAGAAGAAAAUUUCACAAGCCCAUCACCAUGACAAUACCUGUGCCACCCAGAGCCAAAGAGGCUGUUGCUAAUGGACGCAAAGGAGAACCUGCCCCCUGCCUUAGACUGCUUUGUAGCAUCACAGGUGGAACGUCCCCUGCCCAGUGGGAAGAUAUCACUGGGACCACUCCACUCUCCUUUGUCACAGAUUGUGUGUCCUUUACAACAAAUGUGUCUGCCAGAUUUUGGUUGGCAGAUUGUCAGCAGAUCAGUGAGACAGUAGGUUUAGCAUCUCAGUUGUAUCGAGAGCUAAUUUGUGUUCCAUACCUAGCCAAGUUUGUGGUGUUUGCUAAAAUGAUCGACCCUGUCGAGUAUCGACUGCAUUGCUUUUGUAUGACUGAUGACAAAGCGGACAAAACUCUGGAACAGCAGGAGAACUUUGAGGAGGUGGCAAGGAGCAAAGACAUUGAGAUGCUGGAGGGCAAGCCCAUUCAUGUAGAAUGCUACGGCAACAUAUCUCCUCUGACAAAGAGUGGUCAGCAAUUUAUCUUCAACUUCUAUGCCUUCAAAGAGAACCGACUCCCAUUCAACAUAAAGGUCAGAGAUAUGGGCCAAGAACCUUGUGGGAGAAUCUCUUUCCUCAGAGAACCCAAAACCCCUAAAGGCCUCUCACAAAGUGCAAUCUGCAACCUAAAUUUCACACUGCCAACACAUAGAAAGGAAAUGGAGUCGGAUCCUGAAGAUGAGAAUGACAAAGAUCGACGACAUACCUUUGCCUCAUUAGCAUUGCGAAAGCGCUACAGCUAUCUGGCCGACCCAGCAUCCAGUCCACAAAGUCCCUGUGAGAGAACAGAUCUUCGCAUGGCCAUUGUGGCUGAUCACCUGGGACUGAGCUGGACAGAGCUUGCUCGGGAGAUGAAUUUUUCUGUGGAUGAGAUAAACCACAUUCGCACAGAGAACCCAAACUCUCUCACAGCCCAGAGCUUUAUGCUUCUCAAGAAAUGGGUCAGUCGGGAUGGGAAAAACGCCACAACGGAUGCACUGACGGUGGUCUUGACUAAAGUGAACCGGAAGGAUAUUGUGACACUCCUGGAAGGGCCCAUAUUUGACUAUGGUAACAUUUCAGGCACCAGAAGUUUUGCAGAUGAUAGCGCUGUGUGCCAGGAAAAGGCGGAUGGUGACCACAACAUCCUGGCUCAACUGCAGUCAACCACCAACCCCACCCCCACCACACCCUUUACCUAUCCCUCUAUGUCUGAUGACCUCGAACCCAUCUUAGACCUGCCUCUUGACCCUCCCCCUUACUGCCCUUCGUGGGGGAUAGAGCGGUACAACGAGGAAGAAUCUGUCACAAUCACCCCAUCCAGACCCUGUGGCCUGCCCCUGUCGCAACCCAUAAACGACCUUCACACACACUCUGAAACAUUUGUAGAAAUACACACGUACUCUGAGACCUAUACUCACCCACACACACACUCUGAGAUUUUCUCUGAUCCUCUCUCACACUCUCAGUUCCCUCGGGACAACCAAAAACAUGCAACACAACUCUCAACUGAUAUGCAUAAAGCUGACAUGCACACACUUGCCCAGGUUUAUCCACUGCCCCCUACUCCGCCAAACCCUGCUGAAUCUCUUCUUAAACCCUCAGCCCCUAUGUCUUCCUCAAACACAGACCCACCCUCUCUACUCGAGCAGGAUAACCCAAUACAGGGCUACCAAUGGUCUCAAGACAAGGAACGGAGAGAAGAAAAUGAGGUUGAGAAAGAGAAAAUAGAAUCUUUUCACUCCCAACAGAACUCAUCCCUCCCAAUGGAACAGAGUGACCUAACACACAUGGAAAAAGAGGAGUGCAAGAACCUAUUAUCAUCAUUACUACCAUCACCAUUAGAAGAACCUGAGGUUAAUAUGAGAGGACAGGAGAGAAUGAUCCUGAAAAAUAUCCAAGGUCAUGAUAUGUCUAACCUCACUUUGCAACCAUGGACAGAGGUACUAAGGGAGUCUGGCUCAGGAGGAGAGGAUGAGGAGGAAGGCGAGAAGAGACAGGAGCAACUGGAGGUGUCAAGAGAGAGUGAGAGGGAAGUGAAUGAGGAGAUAACUAAGAAAAAAGGGAGAGAGAUAGUGAGAGGUGUUGAACAAAUUCAAGAGUCUGAGAUGUGCUCGUUCUCCACAGGCUGGAUCACCGAGACCACCAACAUUAAUGUGGAACUGCCCACUUCAGGGCGGAGUCUCAGCUCAGAACACAUGGACCGACAGGACAACAGUCAAGAGAACUCUAGCGACUCAUCAUCUAGAGGGGAUUUGGGAAGACCUCGACAAAAUGGUGAGCACACCAACGCCCCACAGCUAAGCACCAUGCCCCAAAGCUCAGCGUCUCAGGAACCAGCCAAUAGAGUAAAGACAAAGACGGGCAAACAAGAGGGAGCUCUGAUUGCUGAGCACAAAGUCCAGCAGCGUUCAUCAACAGAAAGUGGCCUGGAAGAAGAGCGCACAGUCACAACCAAAGUAUUCCGUAGACGUCUCAUUCUCAAGGGAGAGGAGGCACGAAACAUUCCUGGCGAGUCAGUUUCAGAGGAACAGUUUAUUGAUGAAGAUGGAAACAUCAUCACCAGAAAAGUCAUUCGAAAGGUGAUUUGCCGUGUGGACACACCUACUCCAGAAAACCAGGGCUUGGGAAAUGGCACAGGGUCUCAGGGACAACCUGAUUGCCCUCUCAGGGCUCCCACUCUGGGGAAGAGCCAUGGCCCCCUUGUCCCUGACAUCCAAACCCACCCUGCUCCACAUGCUGAGGGAGAAGUUUCCAAGGUGAGGAAAAAGGAAGAAAAGCGUUCAUCAGAGAGAAAGCAUUAUCCAUAAACUACAGGCAGGUAUAUUUUUAUCUGUUUCCUGAGGAGCAGGGCUACAAGAGGUGAACUGAGAUAUUUGGCCUAAAACCCAUAUACAGCUUCCACUCUGAAACACAUGGUUUUCAAAAAGACCCAACUUUGACCUUUCAGCUUGCGCAUGAGCAUGCAUUUCACUCUCUGCGGACACACUUCCUGUUCCAAGGGGAUUUUGGUGAAUUCUACUUCCUGUUUGAGCAGGGUCAUGGUGAAUUCUUCUUCCUCUCUGUUUUGGGUCAUAUGUAAUUCUAAUUUCUGUUUCUGGGCACCUAUGAGGUUGCACUUAAUUCUUCUUGAGCAUUACAACCUGUGCUGACAUGGACCAUCAAGAAAACUAACACUUUUUUGUGCCAUGAAUAUCAGAUGAUUAAGGGACAGUCAAAAUAUCCAUUAAAAUCCAAACUGAAACAAAAACACACACAACAGUAACAUACACUGACAUUUCCCUGUGACCAAAGAUGGCCUAAAAGCUCUUCUUCGUGUUUUAGGAGGGGAAAAAAACAGUGCUGUUGAUCAACACCUAGCGUUCGCCUUAUACACGUUACCGUGGACCCAUGACAUCAGGAGGAGGAUCCCCGUGUUUUGUUUUUGUUGACUUGUAAAGCAAAAAUACAUUAUGUGGUGGACUUUUCUGUACAUAAAUUACAUAAUGUAAAAAAAUAAUUUAGCAUUUAGGUUUGAAGAGAGCACUGCAAAAAUACACUUUACAAGUGCUUUCAUCAUUUUAAAGACAGUUUAAGUGAAACUUCAAUGCUCUUGUAUAGUUAAUUAUUAUAGCAGGUAUGUUUUUACUGUAUAUGAGAGAAGUUGGUUCAGUUUUCAGGGGACAUUUCCUUCCUUGAAAUCCUCUGCGAAUUUCAAUAAUUCCCAAAAAUUCCCAAAAUGGGAACUCUCUCAAGUUCUGUGAAAAAGUAAUUCAGAGGACUAAUAUUUCGAAGCAUGCAGUUUAGACCUUAUUUUAAGAACCUUUUUUCUAAAAGUUUGCAAAACGCUGUAUUUAAAAGACAAAUAAGAAAAUACUUUUUCUUGUGUACACUUACAAUUCUAACAUGUCUCAACUUUUUAUACUCCAAAAUAUCACCCUAAAAGCAUCCAUAGUGUAGAAAUGAUUAAGUGUGAAAAGCUCUUACCAGAUUGAUUCCUUAGGAGUUAAAUGUAGUGUCUGUUAUCCUUCAUGUGGAACAGCGUCUGCUGAUGUUAGCCUGAGCGCUGCAAGUAAGAGGUGUUCAGAAUGUAAAUGCUAGUAAUCUGCCUCUCUGUUCAACUAUCACUGUUUCAUGUGUGUUGGCUGUACAACGUAGAGGUCUCUCUCUGUCUUAAGGCUAUUUGUAAUCAUUAUUGGAAUGUCUUCAUACAUUUCCCCUCAUUUUCUUUUGAUUGCUGAGGUUUUAAAAUAGCAUCUGGGCAUUUUGUUUUAGGUUUGGUGAAAAGUUAACAGUUUCAUCUGAAGUCACAUAUACUUGUCUGAAGAUGUCCCAUACCUUUAUUACUUCUAGAAUUAUUACCUUAUGUAUUACAAAUGACACACAAUGGAUUAACAUUAUGAUUUUUAGUAUUACAAGAAAUUGUUUCCGAUUAUAAAACUGUGAUAUAUUUUAGACCGGAGAGUCAAUGUGUUGCAGUGUUCUGCAUCGGUUUUGAUAAUAUAGAAUUUUUCUUUAGAGAUUUCUUUUGUUUGUUUGAUUUGUUUUUCUCCAAUAGAGUUAGACUAUUUUUAUCUUGUGGUGUGUAUGGUGUGAAAUAUCCUUUAGUGUGCUGAACUUUGCUAUGGACAUGAGAUCUCUUGAGAGAUGUUAUAAGGAAACUAGGUCAUGAUGGGGCUAGUUCUGCUUCCCUGUUACAAUCAAACUGUGUGAGAGGCCUGGAUUGGUCCAAUCAGUUGAUUUUGUUUGAUAUAAUCUGUUUUCACCUAAGCAACAUUUUUGAUGUAUAAUUCUUACAAUAAGUGAAGCCAUUUAAAUGUUACUAUAAUAGCACUUUGGUUAUUGGAGGUCUUCUCUUUUAGAAACUAGCAGCUAUGAUGCCACCAUAAUGUUUCAAAUGUCUUACAAAAACUGAUUUAAAAAUGAAAUAAAUGUAUUGAUUUUUGCAAAACUAUAUCAUUUUUCUUUUUUUUCAUUGUUAUUUCAACAUUUACAGUAAAUCCAAUAAAUCAAUA